AUGAUUGAAAUGUCACCAAAACUGUCGAAACCGUUAUCACCGGGAGAUGUGAUAACUCAAGACAUGCCUAUCAUUCAUGCAUUACACAGCGAAUCCAAAGGCAAAUAUUGUGAUAAUUGUUUCAAACGCUCGGAUCAGUUGAAGAGAUGUACGAAAUGUCUUCAAAUGUAUUAUUGCGGUAAAGAGUGUCAGAAGAAUGACUGGAAGUAUCACAAGAAUGAGUGCCCAAUCUAUUUACGUGAUUUGACACAAGUCUUAUCGACAGAUAAUUGGAUGCGAAUUUUGCUCCGACUCUACCUUUCGGUGCAAAACAUCCCAACGUUUGCCACAAAAAAGUACCGAUUGUUUGACGGAUCGGAUGUCAGUCUCAGAGAUAUCAAAGUGAAUACCAGUGGUGUCAACGACAACAAGUUUAAAGAGUGUCAGAAGAAUGACUGGAAGUAUCACAAGAAUGAGUGUCCACUCUAUUUGCGUGAUUUGACACAAGUCUUAUCGACAGAUAAUUGGAUGCGAAUUUGGCUCCGACUCUACCUUUCGGUGCAAAACAUCCCAACGUUUGCCACAAAAAAGUACCGAUUGUUUGACGGAUCGGAUGUCAGUCUCAGAGAUAUCAAAGUGAAUACCAGUGGUGUCAACGACAACAAGAAAAUUCUUCAUUUCUUUAAUUUUUGCAAUCUUUUACAAUAUAUUGACUUUGAUUACGACCGACAAGAAGUACUCCAUUGGUUGUCAUUCUUGUAUACCAUUCCUCUAAUUACCAUCAAAUCUAAUGAACAAGAAAUCCCUGAAACGCUGGACCCUAUCGGUAGGGGUCUAUACAUCCAAUACUCACUGCUCGGCCACAGCUGUCAACCCAACAGCGCUCUCAUUGUCGGUAAAGGACUGUCGACACAAUUGCGAGCAAUGAGACCAAUAGCUGUUGGCGAAGACAUUACCAUAAAUAUUGUAUCAUUGAAUCUAAACCGUGACGACAGACAACAGGCACUGAAAUUCUGGUCAAUAGACUGCGAGUGCGACAAAUGUGUCCACCAUUUGGAUCGUCACAUCGAUUACACACGUCUUCAACUGACAAAUCUGUUUCCACUCAAUGUCUUCACAUUUGGCACUCAAUUAAUGGAUUAUUUGCGGGAAGUGUUGACCGAAUUGGAUGUGGUGUUCGGUGAAUACCAUCCACAGAAGACUAUGUUUCUGAUGGUAAUCAUCACCAAAAUAAUGGAUUGUCCGCUAAUUCCCGAACCUGUUAUGAAUGAAAUGAAAGUCAAAAUCAUGAAAGCAAUUGAUGUGACACUUCUGGCCGACAAUCCCUUUAGGAAUCUUUUCAUCCAUAAGUUAUUGUCAACUACUGAAAUGUCACCAAAACUGUCGAAACCGUUAUCACCGGGAGAUGUGAUCACUCAAGACAUACCACUCAUCCAUAUAUUGUAUUAUGAAUACAAAGACAUGUAUUGUGACAAUUGUAUGAAACGAUCGGAUCAAUUGAAGAGAUGCGCGAAAUGUCUUCAAAUGCAUUAUUGCGGUAAAGAGUGUCAGAAGAAUGACUGGAAGUAUCACAAGAAUGAGUGUCCACUCCUUCGGCACGAGUUAUUAUUGAAACUCAAAUCCGAUAAUUGGCUCCGACUUUGGCUCCGACUCUACCUUUCGGUGCAAAACAUCCCAACGUUUGCCACAGAAAAGCACCGAUUGUUUGACGGAUCGGAUGUCAGUCUCAAUGAUAUGACUGUCUCUACCAUUGAUAUGACGGACAGCGAGAGAUGGCGUCAAAUCCAAUCGGUUUGCAAUUUCUUCGAGGGAUUGGAUACGAUUUACGAUCGCAACCAAGUUCUCCAAUGUUUGUCAUUGCUCUUAACUGUUCCCACGGCUGACAUCACCGGAGGUGAUCCAUUAAACGAGUUAGAAAUCAAAAUCAUUGGUCACGGGAUAUACGCCCAGUACUUAACCCUCGGCCACAGCUGUCAACCCAACAGUGCCUUCAUAUUCAACACAAGAGGCCUAUCGAUACAAUUGCGGGCAAUGAGACCGAUCGCCGCCAACCAAGAGAUUACCAUAAGUCGCGUACCAUUGGAUCAAAACCGUGAGGACCGACACAACGAUCUAAAACAGUGGUCAAUAGUUUGCGAGUGCGCCAAAUGUGUCCACCAUUUGGACCGUCGGGUCGAUUACCAGAGGAUUACGACCGCAAACUUCUUCCCGAACCAUAUAUUCAAAGAUGGCUCUGAUUUUAGGUCUUAUUUGCGGGAAGUGUUCAUCGAAUUGAAUGUAGUGUUCGAAAUACCGACAAAACUGUCGAAACCGUUAUCACCGGGAGAUGUGAUCACUGAAGACAUACCACUCAUUCAUCACAUAUACACAGAAUUCAAAGGCAAUUAUUGUGAUAAUUGUGUGAAACGCUCGGAUCAGUUGAAGAGAUGUACGAAAUGUCUUUACAUGUAUUACUGCUGUAAAGAGUGUCAGAAGAAUGACUGGAAGUAUCACAAGAAUGAGUGCCCACUCUUUGGCAACCAAUUGGUUAAACAGUUAUUAGAAGACAAUUGGACCCGCUUUUGGUUCCGACUCUACCUUUCGGUGCAAAACAUCCCAACGUUUGCCACAGAAAAGCACCGAUUGUUUGACGGAUCGGAUGUCAGUCUCAGAGAUAUCAAA